ACCACGCCCAGCCAAAAAUAAUUUUUAAAAAUUAGCCGGGUGUGGUGUCCGCACCUGUGUUCCUGGCCACUCAGGUGGCUGAGGUGGGAGAGCCACCAGAACAGAGAGGUCAAGGAGAUUGACCUUAAUUGUGCCACUAGACUCCAGCCUGGGUGACAGAGUGAGACCAUCUUCCCAUCAGCUGUUUAGCAACCUUAAUUCUUUUUUUUUUGAGACAGGGUCUCACUCUGUCACCCAGGCUGGAGUUCAGCGGCAAGAUCUCAGCUCACUGCAGCCUCCACCUCCCAGGCUCAAGCAAUCCUCCCACCUCAGCCUCCUGAGUAGCUGGGACCACAGGCAUGGACCACCAUGCCCAGCUAAUUUUUGUAUUUUUUGUAGAGACAGGGGUCUAGCCAUGUUGCCCAGGCUGGUCUCGAACUCCUGGGCUCAAGUGAUCCACCUGCCUUGACCUCCCAAAGUGCUGGUAUUAUAGGCGUGAGCCACUGCACCCAGCCUAGCAAAGUUUUGUUGUUGUUGUUUGUUUGUUUGAGAUGGAGUCUUGCUCUGUUGCCCAGGCUGCAGUGCAAUGGCGCGAUCUUGGCUCACUGCAACCUCCGUCUCCUGGGUUCAAGCAAUUCUCCUGUCUCAGCCUCCAGAGUAGCUGAGAUUACAGGGGCACACCACCAAGCCUGGCUAAUUUUUGUAUUUUUAGGAGGGACUGGGUUUCACCAUGUUGGUCAGGCUGGUCUCGAACUCCUGACCUCAGAUGAUCCGCCCACCUCGGCCUCCCAAAGUGUUGGGAUUACAGGCAUGAGCCACCGCAUCAGGCCUAGCAACCUUAAUUGUAUCUGCAAACUUAAUUCCCCUUUGCCAUGUAACAAAUGUAAGUCAGCCCAGGCUGCUAUAAGGAAACACUAAAGAGUGGGGUCUUAAACUGCAGACAUUUAUUUCUGGAGGCUGGGAAACCCAAGGUUAAGGUGGCCGGCUAGCUCAGUUCCUGCUGAGGGAUUUCUUCCUGCCAUGCCUUCUUGCUGCGUCCUCCCAUGGCAGACAGAGAGAGAGAAAGAGCUACGGUUUGUCUUUCUCUUAUAGGGAACUAAUUCCAUCUUGCAGGGGCCAUCCUCAUGAGUUCAUCUAACCCAGAGGACCUCCCAAAGGCCCUGUCUCCAAAUUCCAACCCACUGGGAGAUAGGGCUUCAACAUAAGAAUUUUGCAGCCGGAAGCAGUGGCUCACGCCUGUAAUCCCAGCACUUUGGGAGGCCAAGGUGGGCGGAUCACGAGGUCAGGAGAUCGAGACCAUCCUGGCUAACACGGUGAAACCCCGUCUCUACUAAAAAAUACAAAAAAUUAGCCAGGCGUGGUGGCGGGAGUCUGUAGUCCCAGCUACUCAGGAGGCUGAGGCCGGAGAAUGGUGUGAACCCAGGAGGCGGAGCUUGCAGUGAACCGAGAUAGCGCCACUGCACUCCAGCCUGGGCGACAGAGCAAGACACCAUCUCAAAAAAACGAUAAUAAUAAUAAUUUUGACAGGACACAAUUCAAUGUAUAACGAUAACAUCUUUAUUGGUUUGGGGGACCAGGAGGUGGACAUUUGGGGGAAAGGGGCCAUCACGCUGCCCACCACACCCAGCGAGGUCACAGGGGCGUUUGUGACUUCAUCCUCCUCUUGGUCCCCCACACAACCCUCCCACUAGACACUCCCGCAUGGUAGCUGGAGCAGCAAACAACUGCUUAGGGAUUUGAAGCCAGGUGUCCUAACUUCCUCCGUGGGCGCUCAGCCUGGGGAACCUCAGAACACUUGCUCUAGGAUCCAGACACUGUUUAGGAGGGUCAAGACCUUACUCAUCAAAGCCCCACCUCCCCCCCGCCACCUCCGCCUCCAGCCCCGUCCUGGAAUCCUGGCUGUACACACGUGUAUGGAUACGUGUUUGGCCACAUGCAUGACAACAGCCUUGAACAUCUCCCGUCACAGCAGGUGCUGGACACAGGAGAGCAGCUGAUGGUCCCCGUGGAAGUCCUGGAAGUGGAUAACAAGGGGGCCUUGUGGAAGUUUCUGCUCUCAGGAGCUAUGGCCGGGGCGGUGUCUCGCACGGGCACGGCACCUCUGGACAGAGCCAAGGUGUACAUGCAGGUCUACUCCUCCAAGACAAACUUCACCAACCUGCUGGGGGGGCUACAGAGCAUGGUCCAGGAGGGCGGCUUCCGCUCCCUGUGGCGGGGCAACGGCAUCAAUGUGCUCAAGAUCGCUCCUGAGUAUGCCAUCAAGUUCUCCGUAUUCGAGCAGUGCAAGAAUUACUUCUGUGGAAUACAAGGGUCCCCGCCCUUCCAGGAGCGUCUCCUCGCCGGCUCCCUGGCUGUGGCCAUCUCCCAGACCCUCAUCAACCCCAUGGAGGUGCUGAAGACGAGGCUGACCUUGCGUCGGACGGGCCAGUACAAGGGGCUGCUGGACUGCGCCAGGCAGAUCUUGCAGCGGGAGGGCACCCGCGCCCUUUACCGCGGCUACCUGCCCAAUAUGCUUGGCAUCAUCCCCUAUGCCUGCACCGACCUGGCUGUCUAUGAGAUGCUCCAGUGCUUCUGGCUGAAGUCAGGCAGGGAUAUGGGGGACCCCAGUGGCCUGGUCAGUCUGUCGUCUGUGACGCUAUCCACGACCUGUGGCCAGAUGGCCAGCUACCCACUGACUCUGGUGCGCACCAGGAUGCAGGCCCAAGGUCAGCCUGUCCCCAGCGGCCACCACGCAUGCCCCUUCCCCGCCCCACCCUGGCUGUCUCAAUUUUCUCAUACCCCAAAACUGAGUCCGGCACCCUCCAUGUCUGAUCCCAGCCCACUUUUGAUGGCUUUUGAGACUCCGUCUCAAAAAAUAUAUAUAAAAAUUAGCCAGGCAUGGUGGUAUGGACCUGUGGUCCCAGCUACUUGGGAGGCUGAGGCUGGAGGAUCCCUUGAGCUCUGGAGAUCGAGGCUGCAGUGAGCUAUGAUCGUGCCUCCGCACUCCUGCGCAACAGAGAGAGACCCUAUCCCCACUCCCACCCCUCAAGAAAAUUUCCUAAAAUUAAUCCUGAUAACUCCUACUCAGAAACUCCCCCACUGCUCCUCAAACUGACCAAUUUCCUCUAAGACUCUUCAAAACUCUUUUCCUACUGACCCCUGGGGCCCCUACUAGUGGCUUCAGCACCUGUCCGCAACAUUCCAGACUCCUAGGAGGCCCGGUCAUCUCUGGCCUAGUCCUGAUCUUGCCUGUGUCCCUGCAGAUACCGUGGAGGGCUCAAAUCCCACCAUGCGCGGAGUCCUCCAGCGGAUCCUGGCCCAGCAGGGCUGGCUAGGGCUGUACCGAGGCAUGACCCCCACACUACUGAAGGUCUUACCAGCAGGUGGCAUCAGCUCUGUGGUGUACGAAGCCAUGAAGAAAACCCUGGGCAUAUAGGCUGUGAGCUGGACGACACAGCCUAGGCAGAAAUAGGACAGGAGGAGCCCUCGAGGCCCCAAGGCGCAGGCCCUGGAGCAGUUUUUGGUGGCAAAAGCAGGCUGGGGGUGGGGAUGGGGCGCUGGGUCACACGAUUCCUGCAGCUGGGGUUGGUGGGGGUGGGGGUGCUGGGUCAGAAGACUCCUGGGGCUCCCUCCCCAGGGUGCAGCCUGAGACAAGAAACGUGGACUCCAGUCUGGCCCCUUGCGGGUCGUCCUGGCUCCAGGGCGAAAUGGUGAAUAUGUCACACAACAAGGAAUAAAGAGAUGGUUUUUGCGG